AAUUGAUUAUGAAGCAUUAUUAAAUCAUAACUAAAAAACGAAGCCGAAAAUGUAUGCGCAGAGCACAGUCCGUCGGCUGGGAAAACACGUAUAUUUUUUACAUUUAAUUUAAUCAUUUAUCUGUGGUCCCGGAAAAAAGAAACCUUUUCUAUGGUAUUAACCUCCUUUGAUUCUUUAAAUUUCAUUUGUCCACGCGAUUUUACAAGAUUGUGUAAUGGUCUAUAAACGGAAAAAAUACAAUUCCGGAGAUACCAAUUUAAAAAAGAAAUACAAGACCAAACGUAGAACCAGAGAUUUAGACGAGAUCCAUGAGGAUUUGAAGCCACACAAUUCACAACAACUUCUAAAGCAGGAAAUAGAUUUGGAUAAGCCAGGGAAUGCACAGUUUUACUGCAUCCAUUGCGCUCGCUACUUUAUAAACAGUCAAGCUUUACAGGAACACUUCACCACAAAGCUGCAUAAGAGAAGACUAAAGGCGCUCCAAGAGGAGCCAUAUAGCAUAAAAGAUUCAGAAAGAGCGGCCGGGUUGGGCAGCUGGAAACCACCAGGCAAGAGGAAAAUAGAAAGUCAGCAAACUGAUUCUGACAGUGUUAUUAAGAAAACAAAAGUUGAACAGUAG